AAGCUGAAAAUUAAUAUGGGAGAAAUGAAGAUUAUUGAAUUUGAAGCCAACUGUCGGAACAAUGAAGCCACUGCAACCGCCACCGGCGCCGUCUUUGACGAUGAUGAUGAUGAUGUUAACGAUAGAGUUCUUGAAUGGGAGAUGGGAUUACCUAACUGCGAUGAUUUAACUCCGUUAUCUCAAUCCUUAAUACCACCGGAACUCGCCUCCGCUUUCAGCAUCUCGCCGGAGCCUUGUAGUACUGCUAUUGACGUCAACCGCGCUUCUCAGGAUACCCUCUGCUUCCUCCGCUCCACCGGAGCCCACUCUUCCACCACUAAUAGCAAUAAUAACAAUUUCCGUUCAAUUAAUGACCCGAUGGUAGUUGAACGGGAAGGGGAUGGCUCGGGUUCGGGUUCGGGUUCGGGUUCUGGAUCCGAAACUAAGAAAAUGAGGAAGAUGGAUAAUGCCGAGGAGGCGAAUUCAGCAGUUAGGACGGCGGAGAAUUCGGACGAUCCCUCAGGGAAGGCAUCGAAACGAUCCCGCUUAGUGUGGACACCGCAGCUGCAUAAGAGAUUCGUGGAUGUGGUGGCCCAUUUAGGGGUAAAAAACGCGGUUCCCAAAACAAUCAUGCAGUUAAUGAACGUCGAAGGCUUGACCCGCGAGAACGUCGCCAGUCAUUUGCAAAAGUACCGGCUUUACUUGAAAAGAACGCAAGGACUAAGCAACGAAGGCCCAUCGGCUUCAGAUCCGCUGUUUGCAUCAACGCCGGUGCCGCAGAGUAUCCAUGAGAAUGGAACCGGCGUCAAAGGAGAAAGUGGUAGUGUGAAUAGUAAUGGACAUAUCGGAAUGGCUAUACCGAUGCCUUAUGGGGCACCUAUGAUUCCGGUGCCGAUGUACGGGCCUGUUAAUCAAGGAGGGAAUCAUCACCAGAAUGGAUAUGAAGCGAAUUCGAAUGGGAUGCUGCAGCAGAGAGAUUGGUCUGGUGGGAAUAAAUAUGGGUCAGUUGGGUCGUAUCCCCAUCAUCUAUAGUUCGUUUUUGUUCGAAGGUCUGUUUUUUUUUCUUCUACCAUUGUCCCAUAUUAUAAAUGAUCGGUUUUAUUGAUUUUAG